UUAUCUUCCAGCACCUUCAAAAACUCCCCGAGAGAGAAAGCUGUAAACUGGAUCCGGAGAGCCGCAGAGGGGUUUUCAGGGGUCUGGAUCAGAGAGGAGGAGGGGCUAAAGUCUCUCAGGUGAGGCUUUAACUCACCUUUAACUCUCUGAUCAUUAAAGGACACACUGUUGCGCGUGCAGUCAGUCAAAGAGUGGUUCUGCUCCAGGUCCGGGUCUUCUGUGCGCCGUCGAGGUUUCGACCAUCCCUUUGGAGAGGGGGGGGGGGGGGGGUAAUCCGGUAUCUGUGCGUAAAGAGGAGAUGCUUGGUGGCCACGUCCCCUUGGAGACUGGAGACAGACACGUGAUGAGCUUUACUGAUCAGGGUUAGAGACGCAGCGCGAGCUCCCACACCGCGGCGCACACAGGACAGCCGAGAAAAGUCCGGAAAAAGUCCCGGAAAGCUGCUUUUACCGAGCUUUUUCUCCCGGGAGAGGAGAGAGGAAGAGGUGGAGGAGGGAGGAGGAAGAGGAGGAGGAGGAGGAAACAGGAGUAAAGUUUGUCCAAGUUUGCACAUCCCUUCGGAAACGCCAUUUUGAUUCCUCUCCUCUCCGGAACGAGUCUCUCAGCCUCCGUUCUUCUUCUUCUCCUGUUUUUAUUUUUGACCAUCAUCAUCAUCCCUUCCUUUUUAUCUUCCCCCCUCCUCACCCCCAUCAUCAUCAUCAUCAUCACCACCCUCACCCCCCCACCUUCAUCAGCCUCGCCACGAUGUCUCGGCGCAAGCAGCCCAACCCGAACAGAGUGCACCUCAUGGAGAACAGCACAGAGGAGCAGCGUGAGGAGAUGAAGAUGGAGGAAGAGGAGGCGCAGAAGGAGGAGAAGACACACAAAGCGAUCAACGGAGAUCUGGAGGAGGCGGCGAGCGAAGAGACGCUUCACAACGGAGAGCGAGAAGGUGCUGAAGGAGGAGGAGACCUGUCCUCCAUCAACGCCAUGAUGUCCGCUGUGAUGUCAGCGGGGAACAUCAACGGUGGUGGAGACGGCGAGGUGGAGAGCGGCGUCACCUCCGCUAACUCCUCCACCGGACCCUCCCCCAGCCCCUCUCCCACCAAGUCGCUGACGUCAGCCAUGAGAGCCCCCCCCAGCCGCAAUGCAAGACGCACAACCCAGGAAACCAAAGAUGACAGCUCAGCGUUUAUCUGCCCUCUGUGUGACAAGGACUGUCAAUCACAACACCAGCUCACCAUGCACAUCAGACAGCACAACGCGGACGCUGGCACCGUGGACCACUCCUGCAGUAUCUGUGGGAAGUGUCUGAGCUCGGCCUCCUCUCUGGACCGGCACAUGCUGGUCCACAGCGGGGAGAGACCUUACAAGUGCAAUGUUUGCGGACAGACCUUCACCACCAACGGCAACAUGCACAGACACAUGAAGAUCCAUGAGAAGGACCCGGCCUCGGGACUCCUCCCCCUCUCCCCCCCCUCCCCAAACAAGAGACGCAGACCCUCGGUGAAGAGGAGGGGGGACGAAGAGGGGGAGGAGCCUCCAGCUAAGAAGUUAGUGGAGGAGGUGAUGGAGGUGGAGGUGAGGGGGGGUGAGGAGGAUCUCCUCCCCUGUCCUCUCUGCUUCAAGACCUGCAGCUCUCGCCUGGAGCUGGACGCCCACAUGGACACACAUCCUGACACCGCCCUGAGGUGUGACCUGUGCUGCCUGUCAUUCCGGACUCACCGGGGUCUCCUGCGCCACAACGCAGGGGUUCAUAAGCUCCUCCCCCAGGACCCGAGCGGCCGGCCCUUCAUCCAAAACAACCCGUCCAUCCCCCCCGGCUUCAACGAGCUCGCCUUCAUCGACUUCUCCUGCAAGAAGUUCGCCCACAUCGCUCAGGUGUGGUGUGAGACCAACCUGCGGCGCUGCAUCAGUAAGUUCCACCGAUUCGUCUGCGACGGAUGCGACCGGGCCUUCCCGCUGCGCUCUGCGCUGGAGCUGCACAAGACCACCUCCCACCUCGAGGAGCCCGAAGAGCCCCCCAACACUGAGGAGCUGCAGCGGCUGCAGGAGGAGCAUGGAUCUCCUGCAGGAGAGCAGAAAGACUUCCCGCCGCAGCAGAGCGACUUCCUGCAGGCGCUGGGGCUGCAGCAUGUCUCCACCGUGAUCCACGGACCCUCAGCUGACGAGGUGCACCAGGCUCACCUGGACAGCAUCAAGGUGAUCCAGGUGGCCCCCCCCUCCUCAAGCCUGCCUCAGGAGCCGGCCUUCCUGUCGGGGGGGCUGAGCCUCCCCCUGAUGGAGGGCCUCUCCCAGCGGGACGCCAUGAGCCUCCUGCAGCCCUUCCUCCCACCUGCUUUCCUGCAGCCCGACGGGGGGGCGACAGCCGCCUCCUCGGGGGUCAAACCAGGAGAGGAGGGGGGCAUGGAGCUCGCCGACAUCCGGCAGAUCCUCAGGGUGGCGAGCGCAGCGCCCAAUCAGAUCCUCAGCCUGCCUGGCAAUAAGGCUGCAGCGCUGCCCGGGGGCCACGGCUCCCUGCAGAAGUCGAUGCCCCCCCUGAAGCCGAAGCCCCCCAUCACUCCCCGAUCCAGCCUCACCUCCUCCACGCCCCCCCCCCUGCAGAGCUCCCAGCAGGCCUCACUGGGCUGCAUCAGCCCCUCCCUGCCCCCACCCACACCCUCCCUCUUCAAGACCCCUUCCUCUUCCUCAGCAGGGGCCGAGUUGGGCGACGCCCACACGCCGCUUUCUGAUUCGCCGCCCGCCUCCAGCACCGCCAUGCACGAAGAGGCGGGUCUUAGCGGCAGGAAGCCGGGCGCCAAAGCAGGAAGUCCUGCGGCUAACGGUGGUGCAGCUAAUGGCGGCACUAAGGGGUCGUUCCCGUGUCGGUUCUGCGAGCAGACGUUCUCAUUCUCCGGCGUCCUGCAGGCCCACAUGCGCUUCCACCUGGGCAUCUUGCCGCACCAGUGCAACAUCUGCGACUACGUGGCGCCGGACAAAGCCACGCUGAUCCGCCACCUGAGGACGCACAGCGGCGAGCGGCCGUACGUCUGCCGCGUCUGCCACUACCCGUUCACCGUGAAGGCCAACUGCGAGCGGCACCUGCGGAAGAAGCACGGUAAGACGUCCCGCAAGGACAUCGAGAAGAACAUCAAGUACAUCUCCUCCCCCGCUGCGCCCGCCGCCGGCUCCCCCACCACCCUGACCUCCCCCUCCGUCUCUCCCGCCACCGUCACCACGGACACGGAGCCGGUCCCCGCAGAGACGCUGUGCCGGUUCUGCGGGGACUCGCUGCAGUCAUACCGCUCGCUGCAGAUCCACCUGCGCACGCACAAUGGCUGCAGCCGGAAGCCCUUUGAGUGCCGGCGCUGCGGCGCCGCCUUCCUGGCCAAGAGGAACUGCAUCCACCACCUGCUGAAGCAGCACCCCGAGGUGCAGGAGCGCGAGAUCGAGCUGCACAUCAACACCCUGCUGCCCCCUCGGCCCCCCGCCAUGGUGAAGCAGGAGGAGCUGGACCAGCCGCUCGACUUCUCCGCCAGAGGGAGGGGUGGCACCUCGCCCGUGGUCAAGCAAGAGACGCCCCCCCCGCCCGCCGACCCGCUCGACCAGCCCAUUGACCUGUCCGUCAGCAAGAGGAAGAGGGGGGGUGAGCUGGAGAUCAAGGUUGAGCCCCCUCCCCUGCCGCCCCUGCACCCCCACCCACAGCUGGGCUGCUACCAGCUCCCCCCAGGCUCCUCCCCCCCCCUGCCCCCUCGGGCGCAGCGCCUGAAGCCCCUCCUCCCCAAACCUUCUCCCACCUCCCCCCCCGCCCUGAAGGAGCUGCCCCCCCUCGCCUCCAUCGCUCAGAUCAUCAGCUCAGUUUCCGGGGCAACCGACCUGCUAAAGCCCCCCCCCCCAGAGAUCAAACCCCCGACCACCACUCCCUGUAAGGAGGACGACCCCCCUCCGCCCCCCGCUGCGCAGGAGAGCGAGGACACACCGGAGGUCUCGUCCAGGAAGCGUCCCAGGAAGCGGGGGUGUGUUUCUGUGAAGGAAAAGCCUCUGGUGGUGGAUCAGGAGUCGGGGGGGGAGUUGUCCUCCGUGGAGAAGAUCCUUGCCAACACCGACGCCAACAAGUUCAGCAACUUCCUGCAGAGCGCCGAGCUGGGGGCCAAGAGGGAGGAUCGAGCAGCAGCAGCAUCUUCCUCCUCAGUUGGGGGGGAGGAGAAGGAGGCAGUGGGGGUGCAGGAGGUGAAGCCCCCCCAGUCGAAGGGGAAGAAGAACGCUUACUCUAACUCCGUUCAGAAGAUGACCUGCCCCUUCUGCCCCCGAGUGUUCCCCUGGGCCAGCUCCCUGCAGAGACACAUGCUCACACACACAGGUCAGAAGCCAUUCCCGUGUCCGAAGUGCGACGCCUUCUUCUCUACCAAAUCAAACUGUGAGCGCCACCUGCUGCGGAAGCACGGCGUCACACACCGGACGCUGCGGCGCAACGGCAGUGCGGGGAGGAAGGAGGGGGACGAGGGGUCUCACGAUAGCGCAGAGAGCCAGUCAGAGACGGAGCAGAUGACUCCAGAACCGUCAGACUCUGCCAACGCCUCCACAGACUCAGGCUCCGCCCCCACAGCAGAGAGCCCUGCCCCCUCCGAUCAGCCAAUGACAAGCUCUGCCAACUCAAGCCCAACCCACAGAUCAAACCCCGGCUGCAGUCCAGCGGGGGGAGCUGCAGAGCAACAAGCUGCAGAGAGCAGCGAGCAGCAGGGGGCGCCAGAGAGCCACCACAAGGACGAUGUGCUGGACGACGAUGAUUGCCACAGCAACAAGAGUCUGGACCUGAACUUUGGGAAGAAACUGAUCGACUUCAAACUGUCCACUUCCCCCCCCCCCGCUCGGGAGGAGCAGCCUUCGUCCUCCUCGGCUCCACAAGAGAGUCCGGAGAAGGAGAAGAUCCCUCCCCACUCCUCUUCCCUCCCGGCGGUGAAGGACUACAAACAUGUCUGCCGGGUCUGUAAGAAGAGCUUCCGUUACGCCACUACCCUCGCCCGCCACGAGAGGGCGCACCUGUCCGAGGAGACCGCGCCUCCUGCAGAGGAGAAAACCCCUGAGAAACAGGAGGAGGUCAAACUUGCAGAGGAAGAGGAGGAGGAGGAGGAAGAAGAGGAGGCCGGGGGAAACAGUGAGGGAGGAGAGAGCGGGGAGGAAGAGGAGGAAGAGGAGGAGGAAGAGGAGAAGGAGGAGAGGAGUGAUGAAGAGGAACCAAAGAACUCUGAGGGGGGAAGGCUGGACAAGAGGAAGAAGAUCUGCAACGUCUGCGGGAAGAGGUUCUGGUCUCUGCAGGACCUGACCCGCCACAUGAGGUCCCACACAGGUGAGCGGCCGUACCAGUGUCAGACCUGUGAGCGCACCUUCACCCUGAAGCACAGCCUGGUCCGGCACCAGCGGAUCCACCUGAAGCCCCGCGGAGCCGAGGACGAGGACGGAGACGCCGCCACGCCCACCUCCACCUGCCCUCCGUCCGAGAACGAGAGUGAGGUGGGAAAAGAGGAGGAAGAGGAGGGGAAGGAGGAAGAGGAGCAAGUUCCUGUUGAAGGGUCCGAACCUUCUGUUGAAGAGUCUGGACCUCCUGCUGAAGAGUCCGGACCUCCUGCUGAAGACUCCGAACCGCUUGCUUUAGAGUCAGGACCUCCUGUUGCAGAGUCAGGACCUCCUGCUGCAGAGUCCGGACCUCCUGCUGCAGAGUCCGGACCUCCUGCUGCAGAGUCCGGACCUCCUGCUGCAGAGUCAGGACCUCCUGCUGCAGAGUCAGGACCUCCUGCUGCAGAGUCAGGACCUCCUGCUCCAGAGUCCGGACCUCCUGCUCCAGAGUCCGGACCUCCUGCUGCAGAGUCAGGACCUCCUGCUGCAGAGUCAGGACCUCCUGCUGAAGAGUCCGGACCUCCUGCGGAAACUCCACCCCAACAAGCUACUGACACAAAGACCACCAGCAAAGAAGAAACAACCUCCAAAGACCCUGCAGAGGAGCCAGCCGAGCCCCCAGCAGAGGGCCUCUUCCCGGGGGUUCUGGAGAGCCAUGCCAACACCUCUCUGGAGCUCCAGCGCCCCCUGGUGGGGGCGGACUGAGGCCAGCAGUGCCAUGAUGCAUCACCAGCCGGGACCGUGAGAUGGAGACGGAGAUCGUCUUCUUGAAGUGCCUUACUACUAGUCCUCCCCCCUCAGUCUGCGGGACGGCGGGGGACGGAUCUACUUUUAUAGCUUUUUACGAUGAUUAUGUUUCAGCAAUAAAGAAGAGCUAUGAUUUAUGAGGCUCUGUUUGAUCAACGGGCCGCAGAUGGACGGUGGACGCACAAGUCUGCAGGUAUUUUUCUGUAUUUAAAUCACAGACUGAGUUUAAAGGGUGGGGGGGCCUUCCAAGCAGCCCCCCCCCUCACUGAUCAGAUGAUUUUGGAAUGAUUGACAGGGUGGAGCAGGACGAUGGAAGCUUUUUGUAACUGGAAAUCACAAGUUCUUCGUUUGGUCUCACGAACAUUCAGGAGCUCAGAUCUGUGUGAGGAAGACUCGGACCCCUGAUGGUUCUUCAUCACUUCUCAUAAUCAUUCUCAGUUUUGUGUGUGUGUGUGUGUGUGUGUGUGUGUGUGUGUGUGUGUGUGUGUGUGUGUGUGUGUGUGUGUGUGUGUGUGUGUGUGUGUGUGUGUGUGUGUGUGUGUGUGUGUGUGUGUGUGUGUGUGUGUGUGUGUGGAGAGGGGGUUAUUUUUUUAUAACUGAUCAAAUUAUUGUGUGAGACGCCCUCAUUGGCCCCCCCCCCCCCCAAUGUUCACUUAGGGUUCAUUACAGGGCCGAUAACAUAUUCCUGCGGCUAACACGUAGCACCGGUUCAGUUUACCUCAGCUUCUGCUCUUUAACUGAAACAUUAGAGACCAGCAGCGCUUUGAAUCACACGUCUUCCUGAACACUGGUUUCCACUGUGAGCCAAAGCUGAGCUAGCUAGGGCUUGUUAGCAUUCAGCCAAGGCUAGAAGGUGUUUAUUAGCCCGAUCUAACAUGGCAGCACAAUGCUAACUCUGUAUCAACAAAGAAGUAAAGUAUAAAUAGUGCUAAUUCAUUGUUAGCUGGUGUGUGUAAUGAGCCUUAAAACACUCACAUCAAAGGGCAAGACAAGCACAAGCUAACUAGUGCUAACAGAUGAAUUAAGAUGCCUUAACUUGCUUAAUUUCUCUGGUUUGGCCAUUUAGCUAUAGCUAGCUCUUAUCAUUAGCGUGGGAUUCACUUGGUGCACCCUAACAUGUUAACCCCUGGCUAGAAACACAUGCUAACUAGGGCUAAUUAAACAUAUCAUACAAAGCUAAGAAUGAAUUAGCCUGUGAGUGAGUUUUAACUGUUAGCUGUGCUUUGCUAAUUUGGCCAUGUGACAUCAACCACAGGGGGAAAAGAGACCCUAGCUGAGGCUAACUAAUAAUCAAGUAAAUACAUCACUUAAUGGUUAACUGCAUUUCUAGCUAGUAGCAGGACAAGCUAGUCUUCUUCCAGUAUUAUCGUAGCGUGCUCCGACGCCUCUUUUAGCCCUUUGCUACGAGAAAACCAUCUGAGGACAAACAGAAGAGCUGAAACAGUUCUACACUACAAAAACUCAGACUCUUUCUUAAAACUCAAAACAUAAAUACUUAGAGGUGGAGACGAACACGAGGUGAUCCCUUUAGUUGAUUUCCAGAAGGUGUUAGAUGACGGGUGAUGGAUGGAUGAGUGGAUGGGUUGUGCAGGUUAAUGAACAGUGUUAAGUGCUGCACACAAACACAAGUUAAAGGGCUUGUGUGUGUGUGUGUGUGUGUGUGUGUGUGUGUGUGUGUGUGUGUGUGUGUGUGUGUGUGUGUGUGUGUGUGUGUGUGUGUGUGUGUGUGUGUGUGUGUGUGUGUGUGUGUGUGUGUGUGUGUGUGUGUGUGUGUGUGUGUGUGUGUGUGUGUGUGUGUGUGUGGCAAAUUUUUCGUCUCUGAUUUUUUUUUAAUAUAUAUUAAGCAACCUCAUAAUCAAAACAAAUCGAACCUCAGUGGCUCAUAACGGAACUGUAGCGCAGCGCCGGUCGGACAUCAGGUUGGCGAGAAUAAUAUUGAACAACUGGACCAACCAUCGGACUGGCGCUGCCGUGAACUGGCACUAACAAUUCCCAAAACUACUACUACUACUUCCGCUACUACUAGUACUACUACAUAGACUUACUGCAACACAAUCAGGGGACAAAGAGAGAGUUUCUACGGGUUUAUCCAAGCUAGUUCUCAAAGACCGUCUGGUAUAUUUCCAGACUGUCUGGUAGAUCUCUUGACCGUCCGGUAGAUCUCCGGACAGUCCGGUAGAUCUCUGGCCAGUCUGGUAGAUCUCUUGACUCUCUAGUAGUUCUCUUGACCGUAUAGUAGAUCUCUGGACUGGUUGGUAGAUCUAUUGACCGUCUAGUAGAUCUAUUGACCGUCUAGUAGAUCUAUUGACCGUCUAGUAGAUCUCCUGGCGGUCUGGUAGAUCUCCGGACCGACUCUUGUUUUCGGUUUGGCUGAGAAAAUUAAAGGUAGUUCUCAAAGACUGUCUGAUAGAUCUCCUGACAGUCUGAUAGGUCUCCUGACAGUCUGAUAGGUCUCUGGACAGUCUGAUAGAUCUCCUGACAGUCUGAUAGGUCUCGGACAGUCUGAUAGAUCUCCUGACAGUCUGAUAGGUCUCUGGACAGUCUGAUAGAUCUCCUGACAGUCUGAUAGAUCUCCGGACAGUCUGAUAGAUCUCCUGACAGUCUGAUAGAUCUCCUGACAGUCUGAUAGAUCUCCUGACAGUCUGGUAGAUCUCCUGACAGUCUGGUAGAUCUCUUGAACGUCUGGUAGAUGUCUUGAACGUCUGGUAGGUCUCCUGACAGUCUGGUAGAUCUCUUGAACGUCUGGUAUAUCUCCUGACAGUCUGGUAUAUCUCCUGACAGUCUGGUAAGAUCUCUUGAACGUCUGGUAUAUCUCCUGACAGUCUGAUAGAUCUCCGGACAGUCUGGUAGAUCUCCGGACAGUCUGGUAGAUCUCCGGACAGUCUGGUAGAUCUCUUGAACGUCUGGUAGAUCUACUUAACAACUGUGAAAUGUUGUUGCAGAAUACAUUUGUCUCAAUAGCUCUGCCGUCAUCAGUGGCUCACAAGACAGCAGAGAUCUUUGCGUCUGGUUCAACAUAAAGGCUGUUUAAUAAUGAAUAUUGAGUUGUGUUAUUUUAAAAUCCUGAAGAAUCUCUCUCUUUAUCUCAACUGUUUCAUGUUUCGCUCUAUCUGUACAUCCCCGUGUGAGUGUGUGAGAGAGUGUGUCUUUGAAUGUGUGAGAGAGUGUGUCUGUGAGUGUGUGUGAACGGCCAUAUGAAUACUGGACUUCCAAUGGAAUGCACGUGGACUGUUUUUAAAUGUAUUUAUUUGGAGCCCAGUGGUGUGUGUGGGAGUGUGUGAGUGUGAGUGAGUUUCUACGAUGACGUGAGGAGAAGCCAUGUAUUAAUAAAAUAUAGAAAUCACGUUUAUGCUGCAAAGCUGAUGGUUUGUGUCGAGACGAGCAAUAAGAAAAUCCCUCUGAUCCAAAAAGCUUUAAGUAGAUCUCCGGACCGUCCGUUAGAUCUCCUAACAGUCUGGUAGAUCUCCUAACAGUCUGGUAGAUCUCCUGACCCUCUGGUAGAUCUCCCAACAGUCUAGUAGAUCUCCUAACAGUCUGGUAGAUCUCCUGACCCUCUGGUAGAUCUCCUGACUCUCUGGUAGAUCUCCUGACCGUCCAUUAGAUCUCCCGACCCUCUGGUAGAUCUCCUGACCCUCUGGCAGAUCUCCUGACCCUCUGGUAGAUCUCCGGACCGUCUCUUAGUUUCGGUUUGGCUGAGAAAUGAUUGUUUUGUUAUUUUUCUUCUCUGACGUAUAUAAACUGUGAAAUCCAUGUGUUCAGUUAAAGGGUGAGUUUAGGUUAGUUUUUUUUGCAUGUUAAUCUAAUUUCAGUAACGGAUGAUUUCUCAUUUCUGCAUCUCUUUUCGCUCUACACAUGUAUUUAUAUAUAUAUAUAUAUAUAUAUAUAUAUAUAUAAACACAAAAUAUAUAUAAUCUCGCUCUCAGGGUCUUUCACAAAUCCAUUAUUCGAAACGCUUCAUGUUCUUAUUUCCUGAGUUUUUUUUUAUUUUUAAUUAUGAUACAGAACUGUCAAUCACUACAUUCAGCACUUGACUGUGAACACAUCGUCUAACGGAGAAAAGACGUCUGAUUUAAUUUUGGUGUUUUUCUGCCAAAAUACUUCUGUUCUCCCCCCGUCAUCUCGGACAUUUGGUUUAACCCUGAAGUGUUUAGCCCUCGGUGCCCCAUCCUGUCCUGGUCGAAGGGAAAUUGAAACCCAGAUGCUGAACCUGGAUCAGAGAGCAUUAACUCUGCUGUUUGUAUAACAUGACAGUGUUCACAGAGUCGAGAUGUUCUGUAUUCAACCCAAUAAGAAAAGCAAUAAAGAUUAUAUUAAGGAAAGUUGUGUGAAUCAA